AUGAAAGCCACCAUCACAUCGACGCUGGGCAGUGCUGCGGCGCUGCUGGCAGCUGUCAGCUCUAGUCAAGCAGCACCCGCGGGACUCUCUGUGAGGCAAGAGCAAGGUGUACGGGCCUCGUACGAUGUCACCAAGUGUCCAGGCUACAAGCUCGACGGUCCCAUCAACGAGUCCGAGCACGGCUUCACUGCUCCCCUCUCCCUCGCUGGUGAUGAGUGUCACGCGUACGGCUACGACAUCAACAACCUCACGCUCUCGGUGGUGUACGAGACGGUGGACCGGAUGCACGUUCACAUCUACGACACAGAUCUCAAACAAUACCAGCAGCCCAUAGACAUGCUCUUCAAUCGAUCCGAUUCCGAUCCUGCCAAGGUUGACAACGCCUCCACCAAGGGCGUUUCCCACCUCGAGUUCCACAUGUCCGACAACUCUUCGCAGCUGUUCGAGUGGUGGAUCACCCGAAAGGGUUCUGAUGGCGCACCCCUCUUCGACACACGUCAAUCGAACCUUCCUACAUUCGAUGAAGGCCUUUCUCAAUUCAAUGACAGCCAGCGCAACACGACGGCCAUCCGCAGCAACGCCAUGGUGUUCGAGAAUCAGUAUCUGCAGCUUUCCUCUGCUCUGCCAAAGGACGCUUCCCUGUACGGACUGGGCGAGCGCUACAGCGGUGGCGGCAUUGGCGAUUCCAGCUGGCGACUCCCCACCAACAUGCUUCAACCGUUCUUCACGCUGGAUGAUGGCGAUCCUUUGGAGUCCAACAUGUACGGCUACCACCCCAUCUACCUCGAGACUCGCGCGACUGCUGACAACAAGACCGAAAGCCACGUGGUGGCUUUCCAAUCGACCGCCGGUCUCGACAUCCUUCGCCGUGAGAAUGACCAAGGCGCUUUGAUCCAGUACCGCGCUAUCGGUGGCACGCUAGACUUCCGCUUCUUUAGCGGCUCCGCUGAAGCCGCGACGCCACCUGCUGACGCCGAGGCCGAGCAAGUCGAGGCCACCGUCGAGUCCUCGCUUGCUUCCCGCGCUGACAUUGGCAGCAGACAGGAGGCGAGCAAUGCGACGACUUCCGACGUUUUCGACGCGUCUCGCCUCCUGAACAACCCCACGACGGCCUUUGAGCAGUACGCAACUUAUCUUGGUGGUGGACCUCUUCUCGUGCCUCGAUGGGCCCUUGGUCUGCACUUGCUGCGCUGGGGACUCAACACCGUCAAUGACAGUCGGGAAAUGGUUGAGAACAUGCGCCAGGCCGACAUUCCCCUCGAGACCGCCUGGGCCGACAUUGACUGGCUGCAAGCAUACCGCAACUUCGCGCCAGAUCCCAACCGCUGGCCCGCUGACGAGCUCAAAGCUUAUGUGGAGGAGCUGGCUACGAAGAACCAACACUUUAUGCAGAUCAUUGAUGGUGCUAUGCCCGCCGCCCCAACAAACGACACCGAUGUCUACUUGCCGGGCACUGCUGGCGACGAGAUGGACCUCUGGUGGAAGAACGCGAAUGGCACCGACUACGUGGGCCAGGUAUGGCCAGGCUACACGAAAUGGCCCGAUUCUCAUCACCCCAACUCGAGCGAGUGGUGGUACCAAAGCCUUGCCAAUCUUUCCCAGACGCUGCCCAACCUGGCCGUGUGGCUCGACAUGCAAGAGCAGUCCUCCUUCUGCAUUGGUUCUUGCGGAUCUAACCAAAACCUCAGCGACACACCCGCUUACCAAGCAGCGACCAGUGUAGCUGGAUGGCCCGAAGGUUAUUCGAACACUACUUACGGCAACUCCGGCAACAUUACCGUGAAUGGCACGCUCACCUUUGCGGGCGUCGGCUCUGGCAGCGAUGAACCUCUGCAGCGCCGUGCCGAGCUCCCUAGCAGCGAGCUGUCCGUCCGCGCUGUCAACGCCAGCGACUUCCACUACUCGCCUGCCGAUCACGUGUACCAGAAUGCCACGCAACGUUUCCUUUGGGAUCCGCCUUACGCCAUCCACAAUGGCUGGACAUCGAGCCCUGGACCAUUGGUUGACAACCUCAACAAGAAGACCAUCUCCAUGGAGGCUGUCUCGAAGGGCGGUGUGUCCCACGACGUGCACAAUUUGGAAGGCAGUUUGACCGGUGCACACAUUCAUGACUCUUUGCAGCGCAUCAAUCCCGAGUCGCGCCCCUUCAUCAUUGCUCGUUCGACCGCUCCGGGUGCAGGACGUCGUGUGCACCACUGGCUUGGUGACAACUACUCGACGUGGCAAUACCUUGCCAAGUCGAUCCAGGGUGUGCUUCAAUUUCAGCUCUUUGGCUUCUUCUCUGGCUCAGACGCCUGUGGUUUCAACCGCAACUCGAACGAAGAGCUCUGCAACCGAUGGAUGUCUCUUGCAGCCUUCACACCAUUUGCUCGUGGCCACAACACACAAGGCGCCAUUUCGCAAUUCCCUUACGACUGGGAGAGCGUGGCCAACGCAACGCGUACAGGCUUCUAUAAGCGUUACGAGCUCCUUCCGACGCUCUACACCGCUAUCGCCCGUCACUCGCAGCGGGGCACACCUGCUGUGAAGUCUCUCUGGGUCGACUUCCCUGAGCACUUCAACGAGCUGAAGGCGACCGACACGCAGUACAUGUUUGGCCCCCUGCUCGUCACACCCGUGCUGCAACCCAACGUCACCACUGUCGACGGCUUCUUCCCUGCUGCGGGUGGUGCUUGGCGCAACGUAUUCGACAAGUCUGCCGUUACUGAUUUCAACAAGAACAUUACCAUUCCUGCGCCGCUUUCCAGCAUCAAUGUCCACCAGCGACCUGCGAGCGUUUUGCUCACGCACGCAAGACCCGCUUACACCACCACAGAAUCCGCCGCUGGUCCUUUUGGCCUGUAUGUUAACCUGGGCGACGACGGCAGCGCGACAGGCGAUGCGUAUGUCGACGAUGGUCUGACACCACUGCCAAACCCCGCCAAGGAGCUCAAGUUCAGUGCCAAGAAUGGAAGCUUGUCGGGCCAGGCGUCUGGCGACUACAGUCUGGAGCAAAAGCUCGACGAGAUCUUGCUCUUUGGUCUCGAUGCUGCGCCAUCGAACGUCACUGUCGGUGACAGACAGUUGGAUCAGGGCGCCCUGAUCUUCGACAACAACACCCAAUCGCUCAACAUCACUGGUCUGGGUAUCGAUCUGAAUGGUGCUUGGUCCGUCACUUGGCAAUGA